UCUCGCUGAGCGGCCGCCGCCUCUCGCCGCGGGAUGAGCGCCUCGGCGGCCACCGGCGUCUUCGUCCUCUCCCUCACCGCCAUCCCCGUCACGUACCUCUUCAACUGCUUGGCGGCCGGCGGCAGUUCCUGGUCAAUUGUUGCAGUUGGAUUACUGGUUCUGGUUUUUAUUGCUUUGUUGGCUCGUGUUCUUGUCAAAAGAAAACCACCAAAAGAUCCGCUGUUUUAUGUUUAUGCUGUAUUUGCCUUUACCAGUGUAGUGAAUCUAAUAAUUGGGCUGGAACAAGAUGGAAUUAUUGAUGGAUUCAUGACUCAUUACUUGAGAGAGGGUGAACCAUAUCUGAACACUGCGUAUGGCCAUGUGAUCUGCUAUUGGGAUGGCUCUGCUCAUUAUCUGAUGUAUCUUUUGAUGGUGGCAGCUAUUGCUUGGGAACAAAGCUAUAGAACCAUUGGCCUUUAUUGGUUGGGCUCCAUUUUCAUGAGCAUCAUUGUCUUUAUGCCUGGAAACAUUGUGGGAAAAUACGGAACAAAAGUGUGUCCUGCUUUUUUCUUGAGCGUACCAUAUAUUUGCCUUCCCAUAUGGGCUGGGUUCCGAAUUUAUAAUCAACCUUCAGCAACUCCUGAUACUCCAGUCAAGGUGGUUCAGGAAGUUCAGAGGAAAGGACUCUUAAGGCGACCAAUGGAUUUAAUGUUAGCUGCGUAUCUCGUUCUGGCAGCAGGGUUUUGCAUAUUCAGGGGCAUGAUUGCUCUGGAUUGCCCUGCUGAACUCUGCCGGCUAUAUAUUCAACUGCACGAGCCUUAUAUAAAAGAUCCUGCUGCCUAUCCUAAGCUUCAGAUGCUGGCAUAUAUGUUCUACUCCGUGCCAUACUACGUGAUUGCUUUGUAUGGCCUACUGGUGCCUGGUUGUUCCUGGAUGCCUGAUUUAACCCUUAUACAUGCUGGAGGACUAGCUCAGGCUCAGUUUUCCCAUAUUGGUGCUUCUCUUCAUGCCCGAACUCCUUACAUCUACAGAGUCCCUGAAGAAGCAAAACAGUUUUUUCUGAUAUUGAACAUAAUGUAUGGGAUUCUUCCCCAGCUGCUGGCUUACAGGUGUGUCCACAAGCCCGAGUUUUUUAUGAAGGCGAAAGAAGAAGAAAAAACAGAAUAGCACAACUGUUUUCAGCUCCUCUUUUUGGCUGUGUAUGUAAUUGGGUUUGGAUGUAAUGGAACUUGCUCGGACGGAACCCAAAUGAGGUGUGCCAGAUUGCACAGCUGUGUGGAGAUGCAUGGCCUUGUUUGUUCACCUGACUCAAAAAGGGAAAAUAAAGAUAACUGCUUUCAGUAUCACUUCUCAACAUUUUGACUCCAAGCACAGUUCGUACUUCAUAUAUGGUUCAUUUUUAAAAUAUUGCAUGGAAUUAAAUAGUAACAGUGGCAGUGUUCUGCCUCCACACACUGAAGAACAUCAGUUAGCAAUCCCUAUACAAACUUACUACAGAAUGUGAAGGUCAAGAUUUUCAAGUGUCAGAAAUUAACAUACAUAACUCUGUAACAUGCACAUGUUUUAUUUGUCAAAAAGUAAUGUCUCGUGGGUCAGCCUUGUUAAAAACCUCAAGAAAUCUUUCAAGAAGCAAUCCACUGUGAUGGUAUGACUCCAUUUAUGCUAUGCAAGUCGUAUAGUUUUCUUAAUACUUUCAAGGAUUCACUUCUGCAAGGACUACUCAUCUGCUUGAAGUUAAGCAUGUGCUCACUUGUGUUUCUGAGCUGGACAUGGAGUGCUCCCUGCCUUGAGCAGCAGCCCUUCCACAUUAACAUGCAUUUUCCAAGAGGAGGGUUCUGCUGAAGCGUUACCCUGUGCAGCUCCUUUUGCUGACGUUGUUAGGCCAUAAACAAGUAGCAGCAUAUACAGAGACCUUGCUUGGUCUGUUUAGGUUUCCGCUUGCAAUCGCUACUGAUAUUUAUACUUCAAGCAGGAUAUUUAGUGCCUUUCUUGCAGAUGAAAUUAGCUGAUACAUUUUAACUGCACACACUUUAUUUUGGGGAUGUUGAAUUUUGGGUGUUUUGACUUGGAGAAUUUCAGUUUUCUUUUUGAACCUGAUCAGUAACAGGAAAGCAUCAGCUCAUGCGCAUGCAUGUUGCACUCUACACAAGGGGACUUUCAGAGCAGCAAGAAAGUCAUGCGUUCACGCUCCGCAGUGAAACACUGAGGCGUGGUUCGUAGCAGCGCUCAGAAGACAGAACCCAUGGUUUCAUACCUCCGACCACAGGGCAGGCCCAAAAACCACAGCACAUCUUUGUCAGUGCUUCUCGGUAAAAGGGAACUUAAGCAAUGGUUUCCUUCAAGCACCCAACCUCCCUGGUGCGGAAUCCUUCCACGUGCGCUCGAAUCUGGGACAGCUCCAACCCCGUCCUCCCAAGAAAACAAGCCCUGAGCUGUUGGGCUGCAACAACACGAUGUCUCACAGACAUUUGCACCUCUGAUGUCACUUCUAAUGUUUUUAAAGAAACUUUGAAUACAUUCAAGGUGAAUUUAAUAACCUCCUGUUAUCCAGAAAAGGCAAAGUACAGAAAAAAUAAAGAUCUCACCUGCACUUGUAUCUAUUAUGGUCAACUCAUGUUAACAGAAUGUUUUGCUUUAAUACUUGACUUACAUUAAUACCUCACAUUAUUACACGUAUGAAGCCAAAUAUGACGCUAACUUAGUUGCUUACAACCUCAAACCUUACUCCCAAUACACAUUCCAAUAAAUUUAUUCUGUAAAAACAA